AUGGUGGCGCUUGAUAGCAUAUCCCCGUUACUACAUCGUCUUGAUCGAAUCUACCAAGCCUGUCUUCCUGACAAUGAGCUCUUCCUAUCCUCGCCUUCUCCCACCGACAUCACGCCACCACCCUCCUCCUUCCAUCGUGUCUCUCCUCCCAAAAACUUAUUUCUUAGCCUUGGGCCAGCAGUCUCCACUUUCUUUACUUCUGCUUCUGCUGGUUUGCGCGCAUUCGCCGCUCUUCGUAACAGGACGCACCUCACGCUCAUAUGCAGUCUCCUCAAUAGGCUUUGCACUGAUAAUGGGAGUGGUCGGAGUGGUGUCUUUAACUCAGUACCAACUAAUAUUAGCUCGAAAUUUUCUGGAAGUCGUGGUAUACCUGAUUCCUCUGCUGUUGCUUUGACAUUAUCCGACUUCAUUGACUCUCAUUGGGCAAAAUGUCGGCAGGUGAUGCUGGUGCCCCGUUUGGAAAUGGUCGCCGAUAUCUCAAUGAUACUUCCGUUAAGAACUACUAUUUCCAAUCCAGCUGUGUGA